AUGAGAAUGAUUGAUAUAGGUUUUUGGGAAGUCUCUCCGAAUUGGGAUGGGUUGAAGGAAGCAUGCUUUUGGCAGGCACCCGUCCGGGCUGCAGCAGCAACAGCAGUGGCGCAUACUGCGGCCAUGGGUGGUGCAGAUGUUUUGGGUGGCCUGUUGAAAGAAGACAUGCCUGAGUCAGACGAUGACGAGGCCGGUGAGGCCAGUGUCCGCAGUCUCCGUAUGGCGGCAGCUCUACAUGGCUUGUCGCAGUGCUCUGAUGAGUUGAUGUGCCCCUGGAUGAACUUCAUAGUGCACCGACUGCACGACCCGUCGCCCUGCGUACAACAUGCAGCGAAGGUUGCGCUUCAACGUGUGGGAAGUUCCUGUGCCAAUGCUCUUGCAGAAAACCUGAGCACGGAGGAUUCCUUACAUCGAGCAGCUUUGGCUUGUGCUCUUGGCCACGUCGGCCCCAAUGCAUUACCCUACACCAACAUGUUGGCAAAAUUGUUGGAUCCGAGCAUUGAGACACAAGCGAAAGUUCGGAUCGCAGCCGCCGAUGCGCUUUGCAGCUUGGGGCCACAAGCAGGGCAUUCUGCUGCAUCUGCCUUGAUGGACUACCUGCUUCUUGCUCCUGAAGGUGAUCUUGGAGCCCAGGAAUUGGAAGCGGCAAGACGGGCCUUGGUUGGGUUGCGGGAUGUGACUCCUCAGCUGCUACCUGUAGCUCUGAGUGACUCACGCCCGGAAAUCAAGUGCGCUGCUCUGGAGAUUUGUGAAGCGCUCGGGACAGCUGUGCUCGCGGGCAUCGGAAGCGAGGUGCUCGAUGGCAUUGUCGAGUGUGCAGCCUGCCCCGAUGACCUCGUCAGGCAACGCACAGUGCAGGCACUGGGAGUGCUUUCCGAUCCGGCCAUACCCAACAAGGUCCUUCCCAAGCUCCUACAUGAUGCAAGCCUUUUGGUCUCGAAGAUGGCGGUAGCACUUGCAGGUAAAUUGGGGCCACCUGCAGGGCAGCACGCAGUAGCUGUGGCAAGGCAUUUAACCAGCUUCGACCCAGAUCUCAGACGAACAGCAGCACUGUCCUUGGGCCAGCUGGGCCUUCUACCACGAAGCACUGCCAAAGAUAUUUCCGCAACCUUCAAGUCUGAGAAGAGGGAGGACGUGCGGGUGCUUUUGAUCAAAGCUUUGGGAGCACAAGGCGCGGUGAGCCUGGUGGCUUUUUUUGCUCAAGCUUGA